CUCAGCGCAGGUCAGGUAGUGAACACAAACUCUGCAUCUACUAUACUGAGCUGUUACACACGGAAGCUAACAUCAUGUAUGUGGAGCUGGCAGUUGCAGUGGUGUUGGGUGCAGUGCUGAUUUUUGUGUUUCUAAAGAAGAAACAAGUAAUUUUAAGGACAGAAGAUGGUUGGUGGGGGGUUAGUACUCCAAUAGAAAGUCCAGCAGAUGAUAGCAUUCGGCCAUUCCAUUUGGAAGUCAAGCAAGAAGAGAUUGAAGAUUUGCACCGCAGGAUUGAUCAAACGCGCCCCUUACCCGCCCUAGAGGACAGCAAAUUCUCUUAUGGCUUUAACUCCAACUACCUGCAGAAGGUUGUUUCCUACUGGAGGAAUGAAUUUGACUGGAAAAGACAAGUGGACAAAAUAAACCGGUAUCCUCAUUUCAAAACCAAAAUUGAAGGUAUUGAUGUUCACUAUGUCCAUGUGAAACCCAAGAACCUGCCUGAAGGAGCACGUGGUGUGCCUCUGAUGAUGGUGCAUGGCUGGCCUGGUUCCUUUUAUGAAUUUUAUGGCAUUAUACCCUUCCUUACUGAGCCAUCGAACCCUGAUGACAUUGCCUUUGAGGUCAUCUGUCCCUCCAUUCCCGGCUAUGGCUUCUCUGAGGCACCACAUAAAAAGGGCUUUGACUCAGUCUGUGCUGCAAGAGUGUUCCACAAGCUGAUGAAGCGACUUGGGUUCAGCCAGUUCUACGCUCAAGGAGGAGACUGGGGCUGGCUUAUCUCUACUAACAUGGCCCAACUGGAACCCAAGAUUGUAAAGGGCCUACAUGUCAACUUUGCACCUCUGGAUAAACCAAACCUGACUGUUACGUUAUCGAUGCUGUUGGGUCGGUACUUCCCCAACCUCUUUGGCUUUACUGAGCAUGAUGUUAAGCAACUCUUCCCCUGCAUGCAGAAAUUAGUGGUGAAUGGUCUGAAGGAGACAGGAUACAUGCACAUACAAGCCACCAAACCUGAUACUGCUGGACGUGGGCUAAACGAUUCUCCUGUUGGUCUGGCUGCGUACAUACUGGAGAAGUUUUCCACCUGGACUGACCCUGAAUUUACAAAGCUUGAGGAUGGAGGCCUGGAGAGAAAGUUUUCUCUGGAUGAUUUGCUGACGAACGUGAUGAUCUACUGGACUAGUGGGUCCAUUAUCUCCUCAAUGCGCUUUUACAAGGAGAACUUCGGACAAGGUCUCAAUCAGCCACAUUCCAAAAUUCCAGUUGUUGUUCCAGCUGCUCUGGCCAUUUUCCCUAAUGAGGUAAUGCACACUCCUGAACUGUGGGCCAAGCAGAAGUACCGUGAUCUUGUGUCCUACACCCUCAUGGCCAGAGGUGGGCAUUUCGCCGCCAUGGAAGAACCAGAGUUACUGGCUCAAGAUAUCCAAAGAUUUGCCAAGAUUGUGGAGAACAGAAAGUGAAGAAACAUUAACUUGCUGACUUUAUAUGUAGUAUUAUGUUUAGUUUUUGGCAGUAUUCUUGUUCCUUUUAACCAAAAGUAUGUGGACACUUCAUCUAAUCACGUGAGUUUGGCUUUGUCAUGCAUAAUCAUAACUUGCAAGAUCCAUAAUCAGUUAUUAGCAAGUUGCUUGAACACCUUUGGGACAAACUGUAAUGAUAAAUGUGAGGAAGACGCUCUUGUCCUACAUCACUGCCAGUCCUUAUUAAUGUGCCUGUGGUAGAAUUAACGCUGGGGCGCAUUCCAUUUCUUCAAUUCCACCUAAUUUUACUUUCCUGCUUCCAUGAUUUCUUCGUCAUUUUCCUAAAAUGCAGUAAAUAUAACACUGACUGAGAAAUCAAGCCCAAAAUGUGCAUGACCCUCAUAAAUGACUUCUUCAUAUAAGACGUGAUAGCUCAGAAAAUUACACAAUAAUAUUACGAAUGGAAUUCACAUCAACCUAAAUGUAACUGCACGUGAACAUCCAACAUCCAUCCAACACAUACUUUUUCUUUUUUUUUCUUUUUUAUUUGCAUUGUCUCCCAAUUUAGCGUAGUCAAUUUGUUUUCUGCUGCUGGUGAUCCUUGAUUGCAGUUGAGGUGGGUAUAUUGCUGCUCACGCCUCCUCCGACCCGCAUGCAGCCCUUAGCAGAACCCUUUUUCACCUAUGCACUCUGCACAGGCACCUCUCUAUAUGCCAAUUAGAGUCCUUACACAGCAUUUGAAGACUCCACCCACAUAGUCCGGUCAUCCCGCCCCAGCAGAACCAUGUCUGCUGCAGGCACUGCCAAUUAUGCCCGCUAGAUGGCGCAUAAUGCCUAGUUUCGAACCGAGGAGUUCAGAAUCUCGGCACUGGUGUGCUAGCGGAAUAUCAUGUAUAAAUACAUUUUAAUUAACCUUUAAUAAAUUCUUAACUUAGUUUUUCAUUGUUUAAAUUUGACUUUAAAAGCCUCCUAUUUCCUCAAUCCAUGACCCCUCUGAGCACAACAAGAGAACCCCUGGGACGUACCUUUGGGUUAUCGCUGUGUUCAUCACAAAAAGAAAACAAAAAAGAGGCAGAUCCAGCAAACAGUAUGUUUGCAUUGCACACUGAUGUUUUGCAUCAUUUGCAUGUGUUUAUACAGUUGCACUAAAGGCCCACCAAGGAGCCUUACUUCCUGAAAGAUGUAUUGCUUCGAAUUGCUCCAUUGCUUUUAGGGUUGUUUAUUACAAUUUAUAAAAUUUAAGCAUAGUGGUUUGCUGUUUGGGUGUCCACAUACUUUUGCACAUAAAUUUUAUAAAUGAUACUAACUCAGUAGUGCUUUUGGAUGACUUAACACUUUCAGACAUUAUGUUUAAACAUGGCCUAAACAUUGCACUUAAUGAUUUUUAAUCACAUGGCUUUUUGCAGUAGAAUUUAUCUUUUAUAUAAUCUAGUUAACUUUAAUAUAAUCUAGUUUAGUUUCAUACAAUCUAGUUAACUUUAAUAUAAUCUAGUUAGGUUUGAUGUUAUCUAGUUUAAUAUUAUCUAGUUUAGUUUGAUAUGAUCUAGUGUGUGUCUUCAGAGCAGAUGAGAGAAGUGUGAAUGAGUGUCCUGGUCAAACUAAAUGGGACCAAUAAAUGAAUUUGUAAGCACUCAUGCCUUAUAGAAUAAAACUGAAAAUAAAAAUAUAUGAUCAAAUGCAAAUCUGUAUUUCGAAAAUAAACCAGCACUUGCAAAACA